AUGGAGGGUAAGGCAAGGUUCGACGCGGCUGUGCAGUUCCUGGCGGAAAACAAGAACAAACUUUCCUUUGAUCAGGCGCAGCAACUCUCCUUGUAUGGCCUGUUCAAGCAAGCAAACCAGGGGCCGACAGCGUGGAAUGACUUGGGUAAAAUGACCCAACAAGAAGCAAUGCAGAAGUACGGCGAGACCGUGGACAAGUUCGUACCCGGCUGGGAUAAGAGCACCAAAGCGGAAGAGAUGAAAGGGAACGGCGACGGAGAGGCCGAGCCACAGCCAGCCAAGAAGACCGGGAACAAGUCGGGGAUGGUGGUCUUCAGUCAACCCGUUGCGCCCAACUCCGAGGACGAAGAAGAGGGCGAGCAAGACAUCUGGUACUUUGCCAGCACGGGUGACUUGGCCCAGGUUGGUUCCCUCCUCGCUGAGGGCCAGUUCACGCUCGACCAGCCGGACGAAGAUGGGCGCACGCCGCUGAUGUGGGCUGCCGACAAAGGACGCGUUGCUGUCGCGGCCGACUUGCUAAAACGCGGGGCUGCGGUGAAUGCUCGGGACGGCGAUGGACAGACGGUGUUGCACUAUGCCGCACUGAGCGAGAACGAAGAGAUGCUGCAGCUUCUUCUCGAGCAUGGAGCCGACAAGACCAUCCCCGAUAACGAUGGCACGCUGCCCUCGGAGCUAGCCGACAACGAGCGACUCCGAAAGCUGCUCGAGUAA